GUUUUGUUUCCAAUACUGAAUGAACAUUAUAAAUUCUAAUAUGAAGUUACUGUCUCUUUAUAUCAAAGGGGGUGGAGGAUGGCAAUAACCUACAAUAGGAAAUGCCAGCAAGUCAGGAGAAGUGGAGCAGAUCCAAGGCUGUUUUUUCAAUUAUUUGAACAAAAUAGCCUGAGGAAACAAGUGAAAUAUACGUCAGCUGGAGAAGGGCAGGAGACAAUAACUACAAGAAAACAAACUGCCAUGGCUAAUAUUCUCUUCUUUGUCAUCUGGAUUGUAACUUGUAAAACCUGCUGCAGUUUGUGUUUUACUGCUGAAAAAGGUACUAUUAUAAACAAUUCCUUCAGGUCUUUGACCACUGUCCCAGAACGUUUAGCAAGUCAUGUAAAGCUGCUGGAUUUAUCACAAAACAAGAUCACUGAGAUUCAGAUCACAGACUUUGCCUCUCUUCCCUUGCUAAAGAGUUUGAAUUUGUCGUCCAAUCUGAUCAAGGAUUUGAUGGAGGAUGUUUUCAGCAUCAAUAAAGAAUUGGAGUGUUUAGAUCUUUCCAGGAAUGAACUCUCCAACACCUCAGGUUACUUUUUACAAGGACUUGGGUCGCUCAAAUAUUUAGAUAUUUCUUCUAAUAGUUUUCUUACCUUGACACUUGGGAAAGCAUUUGGCUCUCUGAACUCUCUGAAAUAUUUACUUUUGGGCAGUAAUAAAGAAAUCAAGUUGUGGAAAACUGAUCUGAAAGAAAUCUCCAACAAACAGUUGUACAAUGUUUCCAUAGGAUUGGAAAGGUUGUCAAAGUAUGAACGUGGUACCUUACAACUUUUGAAAACAACAAAACUUGACAUUAGUUUACCGACAACCAAUGAUACAAAUUUGCUGAAAAGUAUGCUGACCGAUGCAUUCAGUUUCCCUGAGACUUUAAAGCUAUCAAACAUUGCAUGUGAAAAAGAUUGCAGCCAUUAUUUAAAUGCUUUUACUGAGGCUAUUAUUACUUCAAAAGUGAGUAAAUUGGUCUUUCAAGAAAUGAAACUAAAUUGGAAAAGUUUAAUAGAAAUAGUAAAUAUCAUUUGGUGUUCUACAAUGAAAGAUAUCAGUAUAUUUUAUUUGACUAUAUUGGAAGUUAAUCCGAUCAAGGUGAACACUUAUUGUGAAUCAUUUUUACAAGCAUUUUCUCUAAAACAUGUAAUAAUCAUGGACCAUUAUUUCGAUCAAAAUGAUCUGUAUGAUGUUUUUGCUAGCCUAACUGUUGAAAACAUAACAAUUUCUCAAGCAAACCUCAUAUUCAUGACUUGCCCAAAUAGCGGAAACAAAUAUAAAUUUAUGGACCUUUCUGGAAACGUAUUUUCUCGAGAUUUCUUUUUCCAAGACUGUCAAGACUGGAAUUUCCUGGAAACUCUUAUUUUAAGUGAAUGUAAAUUGGAUAGCUUCCUGAAAAUUAGUAGCAUGACUGUUACUAUGACAAUACUUAAGUACCUGGAUGUUAGUCAAAACCAACUUACAUUGGGUGAGAAUCCAAACUGCCAAUGGACCGAGAGUUUGGUAAAACUUAACCUAUCCUUAAACAAACUUACAAAUUCAGUCUUCAGCUGCUUACCCAGUAGUAUAGAAAUCCUCGAUAUGAAUAAUAACCGGAUAUCUAGUGUUCCCAACAAUCUGAAUAAACUUGAAGCUUUGAAGGAAUUGUACCUUGGAGGCAACAAAUUGGUAACUCUGCCUGAGUGUAGCAGCUUUGUAAAUCUGGAGAUUCUGUUUGUUGAUGUAAAUUUACUUCAUGAAGUUUCCAGCAGUUUGGUUAAAAGCUGUUCAAAGCUGAACGUGCUAAAUGUUGCCCACAAUCCAUUUACAUGCACUUGUGGUCUGCGAGAGUUCAGCAGGAUUCAGCAGGAGCUCACCACUCUCCAGUUGAUCGGGUGGCCAGAGUCCUAUCAAUGUGCCUCCCCAGUAAAUCUUAAAGGAACUUUAUUAAAGAAUUUCCAUUUAUCUGAGGUAAACUGUAAUACAGCUCUGUUAUUGGUAAUUGUGCUGUGCAGCGUAACUGUGCUAACAGUUGUAACUGGAGUGAUGUGUCACUUCCUGGACCUCCCUUGGUAUUUGAGGAUGGUCUGGCAAUGGACACAGACCAAACAGAGAGCCAUGAAGAAGGAUGGCCGUCAGCCAACUGAAGGAUUGGUCUUUCAUGCAUUUGUUUCCUACAGUCAACAUGAUUCCUGCUGGGUGAAGGAGGAGUUGAUUCCCAACCUGGAAGAAGGAGGAUGUCCAUUGCGCAUCUGUCUUCAUGAAAGGCAUUUCAUUCCAGGCAGGAGUAUUAUUGAAAACAUAAUCAGAUGCAUAGAGAAGAGUUACAAAUCUAUAUUUGUUGUAUCCCCCCAUUUCAUUCAGAGUGAGUGGUGUCAUUAUGAGCUGUACUUUGCACAGCAUCAAGUAUUAAGUGAAAAGUCUGACAAGUUGAUAUUAAUUCUGUUGGAACCAAUCCCUCAGUAUCUAAUUCCAUCAAAAUAUCAUAAACUGAAAUCACUUAUGGGAAGAAAAACAUACAUUGAAUGGCCAAAAGACAGAAACAAACAUGGACUAUUCUGGGCUAAUCUACGAGCAACAUUAAAAAUAAACUUGGAAUUAUCAUCUGAGGAAACAACAAUGGUAUAACAAGCAGAGAUUGUCCCAGAAAUGUCAAAUAUACACUCUUUGGAUUUAUCCAUUUUUUUAACACUUAUUUACUAAAUUGUGUUUAAAAUUGUAAUAAGCAUUUGAUAAGGUGGGUGUCACUAAGAUGUUCCACUUAUUGAUCAGUCUUAAAUGCGGGACAUAAAUAAGAAAUAGCCUGUAGCAGAUUUAAAAGGAGUAUUAGAGGGAACUUCUUUACGCAGAAGGUGGUGAAAAUGUGGAAUUCACUGUUUGAAGCUGUGAUUGAAGCAAGAGGCAUCAAUGUAUUUGAGAAGAAACUUGAUGCAUGUAUGCGGGAGAAGUCAAUCGAGGGUUAUGCGAAAAGGGAUUAGGAGGAGUAAAGGCUCAUGUGGAGUAUAAAUACUGGCAUGGAUUAGUUGGUCAAAUAAAUGUGUGCUGUAACAUUCUAUGUAAUUUCAAGUAACAUCAUUCUGUACAAAAACUUUUAAUUUCUUUACUGUUUGCAUCUUUUUGAUAUGUGCAGGUUUGAAACUGUAAGGGUAUAGAGGAGUACAGGGAACAAAAUUAGGGGCAGAGGCUGGUGUGGAGUAUAAACACCAGCAUGAACAUUACCUUUGUUAGCACUGCAUUGCUCGAGAUAUCGUCCUUUGGAUGAGAUGCAAAACUGCGGUCUCCUCUGUCUGUUAGGCCGAAUGGCUUAUUUCUGUGC